GGAUCAUUGAGUCCCUGAGCUACAAAUCAGUACUUGAAGAGCACGGAUCUACAUUACGUAUUACUGCCUGUACCAUGAUGGCCACCAACACACCGGAGAAUACUUAUGCCUCCAUGAGCAACAGUCAACUGAAUACACCUAAGCUUGUGAUACCAGAGAACCACGCCCACGAUGUUCUAUGCCCAGCCAACUUUUCACUUUCACCGGUGAAAGUACAGGAGAAACUCAAACCAAAGACUCCUCCAGGAAUCCUUGCAUUAAGGGCUACCCUCGCCGAACUCGAUCAACAACUUAUGGAAACCUCACCCACGGUAUCUGACCGCCAGUCAUCCCAGGCAUCAUCCCAAGAGAUGCUAACACCGGACAUCAUACUGCUCAAAUCUUCUCCCCCGAAAGCGCCAGCAACCCGCCGUCAUCGACUGCGAAGGCAACACGCUAUCAUAGAAGGAGUGGCGACACCUACAACAAGACGAAGCUCUCCUCCAACUCCACCAACCCAAUCGGUUCAGAUGGAGGUAGAUAUAUCCGAAAAAGUUCUCCAAGAGCUACAAAGCCUUCGCAAGAAACUUUCUUUCGAUGAUGUGAUGGAGCAAGAAACGGAAAACCAGAGCAUGGAUGUUGAUAAGGAGGAUGAGGAUAAGGAGGAUGCAGGCAGUCAUCUACCAGCGUCACCCGUCCUCAUGGCAGUUAAGGCCAUAUCUGGUCUCAUCAAUGAGAGUGUUCAUGAGUCCUGCGAAGGAUGCAAAAAUAAAUAUCCAAGUCAGAAGGACCACGAGGAUUGCAUCUGGCUGCCAUGGGAAGAAUUAGUUGACAAGUAUUUUGAUAAAGCAUUGAAUAUGCUCAACGAAGAACGUUUCUUUUGGUUUGCCGAUCAAGUGUACAACGUGCAUGGUAUGUUUGAAGAUGAAUACGACUACUGCGUUGCCGAAGCCGCUGAAUUCUUCAAUUCCGGACUUAAAAAGAAAGGCACACAAUCACAUGUCAAAAGAAAAGUCAAAGAAUUACCUGAACUGAAAAUGGGACCGCUUUUGUGAAUCCGUAAAAAUCCGUAAGAAUCCGUAAGAAUGAGUAAGAAUCCGUAAGAAUGAGUAAGAAUCCGUAAGAAUCCGUAAACAUCCGUAAGAAUCCGUAAACAUCCGUAAGAAUGAGUAAGAAUGAGUAAGAAUCCGUAAAAAUCCGUAAGAAUCCGUAAGAAUGAGUAAGAAUCCGUAAGAAUGAGUAAGAAUCCGUAAGAAUCCGUAAACAUCCGUAAGAAUCCGUAAACAUCCGUAAGAAUGAGUAAGAAUGAGUAAGAAUCCGUAAACAUCCGUAAGAAUCCGUAAGAAUGAGUAAGAAUCCGUAAGAAUGAGUAAGAAUCCGUAAGAAUCCGUAAACAUCCGUAAGAAUCCGUAAAAAAUCCGUAAGAAUGAGUAAGAAUGAGUAAGAAUCCGUAAAAAAUCCGUAAGAAUCCGUAAAAAAUCCGUAAGAAUGAGUAAGAAUGAGUAAGAAUCCGUAAAAAAUCCGUAAGAAUCCGUAAGAAUGAGUAAGAAUCCGUAAGAAUGAGUAAGAAUCCGUAAGAAUCCGUAAACAUCCGUAAGAAUCCGUAAAAAAUCCGUAAGAAUGAGUAAGAAUGAGUAAGAAUGAGUAAACAUCCGUAAGAAUCCGUAAGAAUGAGUAAGAAUCCGUAAGAAUGCGUAAAAAUCCGUAAGAAUCAAAGUACCUUCGCGCGCGUUUCAUGAUUACGUAUAAUUAC